CUCUACUCUCAAUCCCAAGUACAUCUCUCAAUCGCCAUAUUGGGUACUGAGAAGGUUUGUCCGCCGUUGCUCUCACUACGGGACCAGACUGACAGAGCGGCUUCACUUCCCGGGCACUUUGUUUUCAUGAUCCGCGGAGACGACCUCCAUCUUCACGACACCGCGGCCGUUACCGUCUCCAGCCCGACGCCUGCAUGGCAUAAGUCGUUGUUGCGCUUGUUUUGGAUCUUAGCUCAGCGACGAGGAGAUACCCGUUGUUUUUGAGCGGUGUGUUUUUUCUCGUAGAAAACUGGACGCUGCCGGCUGUUUGAAAAAUUCUCGCCUUUCUUCGGGGGGAAAAUGUCAGAUGUUCGACUAUCAAACGGGAGCCCGACUCUGGAGCGGACGGACUCCCGGGUGUCGGAGCACCCGAAGCCGUCAGCUUGCAGGAACCUCUUCGGCUCGGUGGACCACGAAGAGUUAAAGAGGGAUUUAAAGGGACACUUGCGGGAGAUGGAAGAGGCUGCCUCCGCCAAGUGGGACUUCGACUUCGCCAGUCACACGCCGCUGGCUCACGGCAGGCUGGAGUGGGAAUUAGUGGAUUGUAGAAACGUCCCGAGCUUCUACAACAGGCAGCCGCGGAGGGAGAAGGGCGUCUGCUCCGCUGGGAAUAACAAUGUGGAUCUAAAUGGGAAUCAUAAUUGUGUUGUUGUGGCUGCGAGCGAAGACACCGACAGGGCGGACGGGCAGAUGGAGUGCACGGAGCAGUGCACCGGGCUGAGGAAAAGACCUGCAUGUCACGACCCCUCGGCCCAAAAUAAGAGGUCACACACCAGCUCAGAGGAGGUUACUCGUCCAAGCCUGGGCCACUCCACAGAACACACACCCAGAAAGACCAGUCCCAAGAGGCAAACGUGAAACGAAUCGAAGAUGUAUUUCCCCUUUUACGUGGGAAACCUCAGUGUUGGCCGAUUUUUUUUAUUUUUUAUUUUUGGAAGAGGAACUACACAGCAUCAGAAACAUAUCAGCUCUCCUGAAGACGGGGGAGGACGCUGUUGAAGCACUGAAUAGAAACACUAAAGUUGUGGCACUCAAUUUUAAAAAAAAAAAAAAAAAAAAAAAAAAAAAGUUACUGCCUCUAAAAGCAGUCGAUGUAGCAGUGUGCAAUUAGGUUUGAUUUCCUUUUUUGCUCCUUUUUUUUUUACUACCUGUGUGUAAAUAAAUAUACAUAUUAUAUUAUAUUUCUCUCCAUAUGUAGCACAUAAGAAAACAUUAUGAUUUGAACACAAAUCCUUUUAUGUAAAAAAGUGUGAAUUUUGAUUUGACUUGAAGAAUUGCAGUGUAGUUUGAUACAUGUUUCCAAAAUGCUGUUCUUUUCCUUUUUUUUUUUUAUUAUUUUAUUUUCUGAAAAGCAGUGUGACUUUGACACGGUCCCUAAUUGCUACAUUUAAAACAAAAAUCAUGGCUCCUUAGAGUUUCUUAACAGUGUAUCUUCACUCCGUCAUCUUCCUAACUCUGCAGUGAAGAACGGUACAAAUGUAGCUCAUCUGUUUAUGUUUUUUUUUUUUUAACCUUCCUCUGUGUCACCAAGUGCAGGUUCUCCUAUAAGAUCCAUUUUUGCAGGAAAUCAACACAGGAAAAAAUAAAUGUAAUAUUUCUCUUAGGACUUCCGUUACAUCACCAGAUAUUUAUUUUGUGAUAGGUGCUUUUAGCAUCAGCUGAAUCCUGGAAUAUGAUUUGUAUUUUUUUUCUCAAGUUCUCCUGCACACCUCAGCCACAUUGUAAAGGUGUGUUUAGAUUUGGAGUUGUGAGGUACUCAGAUAUUGAAGGACAAAGACCAUACAAACUGCACAGGUCGUGUUGUAAAGUCAUCUAUUUUCCUUUUUGUUUCAUCAGCCUCAACGCUCCUCACAGAGGUUUUUUCUGAAAGGGGGUUGAAUGUCCUACAAUACCAAAUACAUGGUUGCUUCAGUAUGGUUGCCAGCACCGCCUGCGCUCCUUAAUUGACUUCACAUUUUCUUGUGAUAACCUAGACUUUAAAUUUCCAUUUAUGUUUGUACUUGUUUCACCAAUGUUGUUAGCCUGCUGAGGAUGCAAAAUGUGAGCAUCUAAAAGCUUCCCUGUAUUGGCCCUAAAGUGUGGGUUAUAUUCAAAGAGACCAGUGUACACCUGGAUGGAGAGCGAGAACAGCUAGUCUCAGAAAUGCAGUCACCAUGCCUGUGUAUUUGUGUAAAUCUUUGCAAUGUACCUUUUGUACAUAAUUUUGUAAAAACACUGAGAAAUUAUACUAACUUAUUUAUGUCAAUUUUUUUUUUUAUGUAGAAUAAAAAAAUGGGUUUUUUUGAUUACGGUUAUCCAAAGUGGCAUUUACUUUAUUAUAAUUGUCUUAUUUUGUAAAAGCAUAUUUUUUGGUAGUUUUUUUUUUUUCUUAUCAAUAAGGUUGCAAACUGAGCCUGAUAAAAUAUUUGAUGUGCAUUUUGUAAUGUGUGGUUAUAAAAUGUGUUGCAAUCAAUUAAAAGAGAAAAUCAAAUCUUA